AGCGCACUGCACGGUGGCCCGUCUUAGCGUUCUUAUUUUGGCGUCACACAGGUUAAAGGGUCCAGGGCUUCUGCCUCCUUUGUCCCGGCGUCACCGUUCUCGGGGUGUCCACAUCUCUGGGCUUCGGUUCUCUCACACCAGGUCUCGCGACUGUCUUGAAUGGCUUCUGAAAGGGAACACUGGGCACACUCCUACACGCCGGUUUGGACUCUUGCGCAUGUGCAGUGACCCCCCCAAGGCGCCGAGGGCAAAGCCGGAGUCGCAUCCUCCCGGUGCCGAGCUCUGGCGGAGGGCUGUCCCUGUGCGGCUUCUGGAGGAUGUCUGCCCCGUUUGAGGAGCGUAGUGGGGUAGUUCCCUGCGGGACGCCGUGGGGACAGUGGUACCAGACUCUGGAGGAGGUGUUCAUUGAAGUCCAGGUGCCCCCGGGCACUCGCGCGCAGGACAUCCAGUGCGGCCUGCAGAGCCGGCACGUUGCUCUGUCCGUGGGUGGCCGCGAGAUCCUCAAGGGGAAAUUGUUUGAUUCUACAAUCGCUGAUGAAGGAACCUGGACUUUGGAGGAUAGAAAAAUGGUCCGCAUUGUCCUGACAAAGACCAAGAGAGAUGCUGCAAACUGUUGGACUUCUCUUCUGGAAUCUGAAUAUGCAGCUGACCCCUGGGUACAAGAUCAAAUGCAGAGGAAGCUCACCUUAGAGCGAUUUCAGAAAGAAAAUCCUGGUUUUGACUUUAGUGGAGCAGAAAUUUCAGGGAACUACACAAAGGGUGGACCAGACUUCUCAAACCUUGAGAAAUGACUGCUGUUCUUUAGUUGCUCUGUCUUGUGGAUCACAGCAGACAUGGAGGAUGAAAAAUACGGAUAUCUACAGUUAACAGAUUGCAAAGUGUAUUUCAGUAUGGUUGUAAACAAUUACAUUCAGAUAAGAUUUACAUAGGAGAAACAGCGGAUGUCCUGUGGAUAGAUGGUAACUUUUAUUGCUCUGCAUUAAGUUUUAUAUGCUACAUUUGACUAAUUUCAUAUUUAAUUGUAUUUUUACUACAAAAACAUUGGAGUAUAAAUCAUGUGAAAUGAAAAGGUGCCUUCAUGAAAAAAAAUAAAUUUUUUUUCUUGGUGU